CGUCCCCUCCGUUCGGCAUCCGUUUGCCCCUCCGGAACCCAGGCGGCGGCGAGCACUCGGGAUAUAUUUUUGCCAUCAUGGAUCGGUUUGAAGAUAUAUCAGACGGUGAAGUGGACCAUUCUUUCUUUGACAGUGACUUUGAAGAAGCAAAGAAAUGUGAAAGUAACUCAGUUUUCGACAAGCAAGAUGAUGACCCUAAAGAGAGAAUAGAUAAAAAUACAGAAAAUGUAAACUUGAAAACUGGACGACAAACAAAGGAAAAUUAUCUCACUGAGAAGGGAAAUGAAAGAAAAGCAAAAAUCGCCCUAGAAGACCACCCAAUAGAGAAUGAUAUUACACAACCCAGAAGUUCUUUAUCAUUGAUGACUCCUUCAAGAUCAAAAAAAUUUUCUGAUGUUACAGCAGGACAUAAAAUACAUAUUCCAAAUAGAAUCCCCAAAAUUGUAAAAGAAGGUGAGGAUGAUUACUAUACAGAUGGAGAGGAAAGCAGCGAUGAUGGAAAAAGGCUCCAUGUAAGGUCCAAGUCAGCUAAACUGUCUAAUAACUCUAAAAACAGCAUUAAUAAAAAGUAUUCCAAAACUAGUUCCUCUUCCUCUUCUUUAUCUUCCUCAUCUUCAAGUUCAGAUACAGAUUGUUCAGAUGCAGGGUGUGAUAACUGCAUAUCUGAUUCACAGCCAUCAUCAAAGAAACAUGUACCUGGUGUAGUGCUCUUUUCACCAAAACAUAAAAAUGAGUCAGGAAUAAAAUCAACAGGAACACAGCCUCCAAGUACUAAACCAAAAUCUGGUGAGUACACUGAGGAAUCUGAAGAUACUGUGACUGAUGUAACUCCUUUAUCAACUCCAGACAUCAGCCCUGUUCAGUCUUUUGAACUGGGUGCAUCAAAUGAUCAAGAAGUGAAAGUUAAAAAGCAAGAAAAUGUGAGUCAAGAAGUAUAUGAAGAUGUUGAGGAUUUAAAAGAUAAUUCAAAAUGUUUGAAAUCAGCCAAAAGAGGGAAAGAAAAACAUGGGCCCAAUCUCACCUCAAAGCCUUCAGUGUUAGAUUCCAAUUUAGACCCCCAGUGUAAACAAAAAGUCUUACAUGACACAAUGGACCUGAAUCAUCUUUUGAAAGCUUUUCUGCAAUUAGAUAAAAAGGAAUCACAAAAACAUCACUUUGAUCAGCCUUCAGUGGCACCUAGGAAAAACUACUCUUUCACAAGAGAAGAGGUGAGACAGAUUGAUCGGGAAAAUCAGAGGCUUUUGAAAGAACUGUCAAGACAGGCUGAAAAACCAGGAAGCAAAAGUAUAGUUCCUGGAAGAUCAACUGGUCAACCCCCUAGGUUGUAUCAUAGUGCUCUCAACAGACAGAGGGAACAGCAAAGGAUUGAGAGAGAAAAUUUGGCUUUACUGAAAAGGCUUGAAGCUGUGAAACCAACAGUUGGUAUGAAACGCUCAGAACAACUGAUGGACUACCAUCGCAACAUGGGUUAUCUCAACCCGUCGCCAAUGUCCAGACAAGUGAGAUCUGCUCUUGGCCAAUAUAGCCCAUUAAGAGGAGCCUCCAGGACAUCCAGUGCUACCAGUGGUCUCAGUUGUAAGAGUGAGCGAUCAGUUCUUGACGUGUCCAGUGGACGCUUGCUAAGACCUAGACCCCCUCGUGUCCGUGCAGCUUGGUUAUAAAACCCUUUUUUACAUUGUUCAUCCAAUUUUUAUGGAAAUACUCUUCAUAUUACUCUAGUUCUCUGUGUAAACAUUUAUAAUACGGUCUUAGAAUUUAACAUGUACAACAGUGAGUUGUAAUCUGUUGUUAUUCAGUGCAAAAUUGUUGACAGUUUAAAAUCAGUGUUUCCUAUGAGGAUAUAUUUAUAUGAGAUGUAUAUGUAUUUAGUAGAGAAAUGGUAGUAUACAUGUAUGUUUUCUCAGUAUAGAAAUUGAUUCAGUAGUCAUGCUGACAAAACAGUCAUGAUAGUAUCGUUGCAUGUUGGACCCAAGAUGUUCACUAUAUAUGUGCUCAUAUGUUAUUUUCUUUUCUUCUAAGCUUUAAACCGUGGGCUUAGUUCCCAUGUUUGGCUGACUUUUUUUAAUUUGCUUUAGAACUUAUAUGGUGUGACUCAUAACUUGAUUGUAUGAGAGUUAUACUUUUUUAUUAUGAAACAGAUCUUGAAGUUUGUUUUCAUUGGCGGAGUGAGGUUUCAUUGGUGGAUUUAGGUUUGAUGAGCAGAUUGGGAGAACUUGUACUGGGGCAAUCCUUGUGAUUCACCAGAGGUAUCUAGUGAAUGUAUAAAUGUGCUGAGUUAGAUCUUAAAAAUUUGGUCAACCAUUCAAAACCUUUCAAACUAUGAAUAUUAGAAAAUUCAUCUUAGAAGCACGCCUUUUGUGUUUUUAUACAUUCAGGUUAAGUCCUAUUAAUGAUUCUGAGAAAUGAGGUAGGCUUUAGAGAACUACAGUCUACUACCUUGUGAAUAGUUUGUUCAAGAACGAGAUCAGUUGCAUCAUAAGCAAAAACAAAUAUUUGCUGACUCAGUAAAAUAGCACCCACCAGCUUGAAGAGCCAAGAAGCAGAUCCUGAGAUGUGUCAGAAUACUGUUUUAAGUGAUGCUGUUAGCAUGUGUGUUAUGAUUUCGUAUUUAUUGUAUUAAUAGAGAAAACUUAGGAUAAGAAAGAAAUGCUUUAGAAAUUCCAGCUAGAAUUUAUAAGGGCUGAAAAAGAAAACUAGAAUAUGAAUAGUAAGGGAGAUAAAUCACCCUUGGUGAGGCUACUGCUUUAAAUAUUAGCUAAUUUUUUUUGGUUUGGUUUAUUUGGUUAAAUCCGGUAAGUAUCAUUUUUACCAGUCCACAUUUAAAGAUCUAAGUAAUCUUGAUGGAAUUAGUAAUGGCAGAUAAGGUAUAAAGUAGUUGACUUUUUAAACUAGAAUAUUUUUCUGUCUAUCUAUAGGCUCUUAAACAACAGGGUAUGAUAUCUCAUAGUCACCACUGAUUUUCAUUACUAGCCUUUCCAGUAUACUCUUAGAAUGUAUUGGAAAGUUUCCAUAUUAAAUGACAAAUCUUUCUUUUAUUAAUAUGAAUUUUUGUUCUAUAGCCACCGUAAGAUGUGUUUUUUAUUUUUUAGUGCCCAAGUUCUGUAAGCAUGUAUGCGGAACUUUUUUUUCUAAACACCUUUACAGUAACCCAAACUGCAUUUUGCUAAUCAUCAGUUCAGAAUUUCUUAGUCAGUUUGUAUUACUAGAUUUUGUUUAGGAUAAGGCAUGUGAGCAAUGAGGUUAGGAAAAGUUCACAUGAACACAGCCUGGCUCUGAAGUUCCACUGCUGCUUCCUUGGGCCCUAAUGUUCAUUCAGCAUUACUUGACACUCUGUUGGUGCAUAAGUUACUAUGUCACACCUGCUUUAUGUAUAAGCUUUAGCUAUACUAAAUCAAGGCUUUGUUUUGUUCUGUUUUUUAAUGUAUUAUACUUGUAAUAUUUGUGUAACAACUUAUCUUUCAGGAGAGAUAAGGUAGUGCUGAAUUUAAAAUUCAGCAUUUGAAAAUCUGCCUGAUGGUGAAUUAGUCAAUUUUUGAAAAUUGGUUUUUAAGUUGUUUGUUUGGGAAAAUAUAUAUAUGAACAUAUACCUUUUAUGUUCAUAAUGGCAUUAGUGUCUGAGUACAUUUUAUAUUAAUCUUUGCUGCCACGUGUAAGGAUACAACACAUAGUUUUCUAGAUAAAGCUGUACUUUGAUUUUAGAUACUAAUUUAAUGCCUUUAGUUUGUACUGCUUUGAAAGGGGAAGUUCAUCUAAGUAUUACUUUUAAUAGAGAUUCAACUUGAAGCAAAAGUUGGGAAGAGCAACAAUCUUCUUUAAGCAGAAUUUUUAAUUCUGUUUUCAUGGUUACUUAUUAUGAAUGUAAAUAGAUGGAUAGGAGUUGCAAAAUGUGGCAUUCUCUGUGAUAGUUAAGGUACUUUGAAGUCGUUAUCGUGUAAGGGGCAUUUUAUGAAGGAUUCAUAAGUAUAUUACUGUUUUCAUUUUUAAGAACAUAAAGGAUGAUCUAACAGUAUAUUUGGUUGACUUGUACUUAAUAUGUGUACUUUGAAGAUUUACGUUUAUAACUAGAAAGUAUACUAAUCCAAGGUCUAUUUAUUAGGCCAGAUUCUUCUUAUUUUCAUUUCUGUCAAAUGCUAAACUGAUGUUGCCUCUUUUUUAACAAGUUUCUAUGAAAGAUUUUAUUACACUAUUUAUUAUUUCUUAAGGGGUAGCUAUUAUCUUAUACUACUUCUACUUUUCAAUCUCCAUAAAAAGCGGCUUUCUUAACUACUACUCCAAAUAAAGUUUUCUGGUUUGCUUACAAAUGUAAUGUAAUGCAGUUGCUUUCAACCCUUUAACCCAAGUGUCUGAAACAGAUAUCUAGACAACUUGAAAAGAAGUUGAUUGUGAUGGGUAUGAUUGUGUGCUUCUCAUCAUCAGAUUCAGGACUGCUUACUAUGAAAAGAAUUAAGGCCAACAUAAAGUUGAGGAUGUGGAUUUAUUAUAUUAAUAAUUAAAUUCACAAAGUUUAGUAUCUUAAAUACCAAAGUCUUAACCUAUAAAUGAUUAUAUACCAUCUUAGAAAAUGUGCUUAACAAUAAUGGCUACUUUAUUUCCCUUUAUUUAAGACUAGUAAAAAACUUAACAUCCUUUUAAAUUUUCCUAGUCCGUUGUAAUGUAUUUUAGGCAUGAAGAACUAGCUUGGCAUAGUGAAGAAAGAAAGAAAAGAAUUGAAGAUAACUGAGUUUUGAGUCUACAUUUAUCUGUAAAAUGCAUUGUCUUAUUCCUAUUCUGAAAAUUCGAAUAACUUUUAUGUACCUUACCAGACUACUAGAACAAAGUUGGGAGGAAGGUGUCAUUUCUUUAUAUCCUUGAAGGUAUAACAUUUAUGUGGAAAAGAGUUUGCUUAAAAUUACAUUCUUGAUCAGCAUUUCUUUAAACUACAUCAUCUAAUUUCUUCUAUAAAAUUGUAUAGUGCUACAAUAAAAUAGACACUAUUAGAGGGAAUUUUUUUUAGAAGUAGCUAUGCACAUCAGCAUUUCAUAUG